AUGUAUGUGUGUGACGGGUGUGGCGCGUUCCUCGGGAGCCUGCAGCAGCUGGCAGUGCACCGCCGACUCUACUGCGGUGGUGAGAACCUACUCCACGGCGCUGUGCCGACCUCGGAGUAUUCGCCCGUAACGGCGCAGAGCCCACAGGUGCCGCAGUGCCAGCCGCUGGGCAAUGGGAGUGGUGCGGCUAGCAGCCAGGUGAUGGAGAGGCCGUUUGAGGGCGUAUGUAUGGUGGAGAAUGGCCUAGGCUAUGUCCUCCCGGCGAAGGAGCGCUACCUACAGGACCAACUGAUGCAGAUGGCUGCGCGUGCGCAGGAGGAGGAGGUAUCGAGGUCAAAUCAGGAGAUCGAACGGCUGCGCUGUGCGUUGGCGGAUUCACCGUCUUUAAGGGGCGGAGGGGCGCAGUACACCACUGACCCAGCUUCCGCCGCAAACGCCGUGCUAUAUCAGCAGUCACCAAAACAAAAUAUGCAUCAACAGCAACCUCAGUCACUGCCGUUGCCGCAGCAGUCACAAAAUAUGCCUCAACAACAACCCCAGUCACUGCCGUUGCCGCAGCAGUCACAAAAUAUGCCUCAACAGCAACCCCAGUCACUGCCGUUGUUGCAGCAGUCACAAAAUAUGCCUCAACAGCAACCUNNGUCACUGCCGUUGCCGCAGCAGUCACAAAAUAUGCCUCAACAGCAACCUCUGUCACUGCCGUUGUUGCAGCAGCCAAUAAAUGUGCCUCAACAACAACCCCAGUCACUGCCGUUUCUGCAGCAGUCACAAAAUAUGCCUCAACAGCAACCUCAGUCACUGCCGUUUCUGCAGCAGUCACAAAAUAUGCCUCAACAGCAACCUC